AAUUGUUUCUCUCUCAGUUUCUUUCUCUCUCUCUCCAGUUUUUUCGUCCUUGAAUUGAAAGUCCUUCAUUUUCUCUCUGAUUUCGAGAGUAAAUCUCACUUUUGUUCUCUUUCAUUGGUCAACUUCCUCUGUGGAAUAUAUUAUUUAUCUCUCACUCACUCGGUCUCUCUCAGUUUCGUUUCCUCUGAUCAUCAUCUUCAUCAUCAUCCUGUUUGUUUUGUUCCUGGUUCACAAUUGUCAUUAACAAUCUCCCUCUGUUGCUCUCUCUCACACACACUCUCUCUCUCUCUCAUUCUUUCAAUCACUUGAUUAUAUCAAUUGUGUUGAUAGUUAGACAAUCAAAACAAUUAGGCUAAUAUAAUUGAAUUCUUUUUCUCUUUUUGUGUUUGAAUCAAUUUAAGUUCUCUAUAUAUUUACUAAGUGUCAACAAUGUCAACUUCGGAUGCCAUCAAGCAUAAGCAAAUCUCGGUUCGUGGUAUAGCCGAGGUGGAAGAUGUUACAGCAAUAAAGAAGUCAUUUAAUCGUCACCUUCAUUAUACUCUGGUAAAGGAUAGAAAUGUAGCCACCAAUCGAGAUUAUUACCAUGCAAUCGCUCACACAGCCAAAGAUCAUCUUGUCUCUCGAUGGAUACGAACCCAACAAAGAUAUUAUUCUGAAGAUCCAAAGAGAAUCUAUUAUCUAUCAUUAGAAUAUUACAUUGGACGAUCAUUGACCAAUACGAUGUUGAAUCUUGGAAUUCAGGGUAGUUGUGAUGAGGCUCUUUAUCAAAUGGGCUUGGAAAUUGAGGAACUUGAAGAGCAAGAAUUAGAUGCUGGUCUUGGAAAUGGUGGUUUAGGUCGUUUGGCUGCUUGUUUCCUCGAUUCAAUGGCAACUUUAGGAAUUGCUGGUUAUGGUUAUGGUCUAAGGUAUGACUAUGGUAUUUUCAAUCAACGUAUUCAAAAUGGUGAACAAGUUGAAGAGCCUGAUGAUUGGUUGCGAUUUGGUAAUCCAUGGGAAAAAGAUCGACCUGAAACAACCAUACCUGUUAACUUUUAUGGUCGAGUUAUCCAAGAGGAUGGAAGAUCUAAAUGGGUUGACACUCAAAUCGUAUUUGCCACACCUCAUGAUUAUCCUGUUCCAGGAUAUAAAAAUAAUGUUGUCAACACAAUGAGACUUUGGUCGGCUCGAUCACCAAUCAAUUUUAAGCUUAAAUUUUUCAAUGACGGUGAUUAUAUUCAAGCGGUUCUUGAUCGUAAUCUGGCUGAAAAUAUUACCCGAGUUCUUUAUCCAAAUGAUAAUAAUUUUGGAGGUAAAGAAUUACGUCUUAAACAGGAAUAUUUCAUGGUUGCUGCAACUCUUCAUGACAUCAUCCGUCGUUAUAAGAAUGCUCGUAAAAUGAAAAAUGAGACUCAUCUUGGUUACGAUUUAUUCCCGGACAAGGUUGCAAUUCAAUUAAAUGAUACUCAUCCUGCUCUCGUGAUUCCUGAAUUAAUGAGGAUUCUGGUUGAUAUUGAAGGUAUGCCUUGGGAUGAUGCCUGGGCGAUUGUGGUGAAAACUUGUUGCUAUACAAAUCACACCGUUUUACCUGAAGCAUUGGAACGAUGGCCGGUUACCCUAUUUGAAACUUUACUCCCUCGACAUUUACAGAUCAUCUAUGAGAUUAAUUCUAAACACUUGGAAGGUGUUUCCGCUAAAUGGCCCAAUGACCUUGCUAAAAUGGGUCGAAUGUCAUUGGUUGAAGAAUGGCCUUACAAGCAGAUUAACAUGGCCAAUUUAGCGGUUAUUGGUUCACACUCGAUUAAUGGUGUUGCCCGGAUUCAUUCAGAGAUUAUCAAGAGAGAUGUUUUCAAUGAUUUCUAUCAGAUGACACCCGAAAAGUUUAACAAUAAAACUAAUGGUAUUACUCCAAGACGUUGGUUAUUGAUGUGUAAUCCUAGUUUGGCGGAUCUGAUUGCUGAUCAUAUUGGUCAAGAUUGGAUUACCGAUUUAUAUCAAUUGAAAGAAUUAAGGAAAUUUGUUUCGGAUCAAAAGUUUAUCCGAUCUGUACAAAGGGUUAAACAGGAGAAUAAGAUGAAACUUGCCAAUCUAUUGGAAAAUGAAUAUGGAAUUGAAAUUAAUUCUGGUUCAUUGUUUGAUAUUCAAGUUAAACGUAUCCACGAGUAUAAGAGACAAUUACUUAAUGCUCUUCACAUUGCCACUCUUUACAAUCGAAUCCGAGCCGAUCCUGAGGCUGAUAUUGUUCCCCGAACAAUUAUGAUCGGUGGUAAAGCCGCACCCGGUUACCAUAUGGCUAAACAGAUAAUUAAAUUAAUCAAUGGAAUAGGAAAUGUUGUUAACAACGAUCCAAUUGUUGGUGAUAAAUUGAAAGUUAUUUUCCUAGCUAAUUAUAGAGUCUCUUCAGCUGAGAAAAUUAUACCCGCUGCUGAUUUGUCUGAACAAAUAUCAACUGCUGGUACUGAAGCUUCUGGAACUGGUAAUAUGAAAUUCAUGGCUAACGGAGCAUUGACCAUUGGUACUCUUGAUGGAGCUAAUGUUGAAAUGGCUGAGGAAAUGGGCCAUGAAAAUAUCUUCAUCUUUGGUAUGACCGAUGCUGAAGUCGAAGCCCUGAAAGUCAAAGGUUACAACGCUCAUGAUUAUUAUGAAUCUAUACCUGAGCUGAAAACUGUGAUAGAUCAAAUUGACAAUGGUUUCUAUUCAAGAGGCGAUGCCUCCGUUUUUAAAGAUGUCGUCAACGUUUUAAUGAAUCAUGAUAGGUUUUUCGUUUUCGCUGAUUAUAAAGCUUAUAUCGAUGCUCAAGAUAAAGUAUCUCAAACUUAUCAGGAUCAAGAAAAAUGGACUCAAAUGGCCAUUAUCAAUAUCGCUUCUGUUGGUAAAUUUUCAUCUGAUCGAGCGAUAUCUGAGUACGCUACUGAACUUUGGGGAGUGACUCCUACUCGACAAAAGUUUCCCGAACCCUAUGAGUCCGUUGAAAAUAACGGUGUUGUCGCUGCCAAAGUCCCACCGACUGAAUCAAAGGCUCCCAGCGUUAUUAAAGCAGCGGCGGCCAAUCUCGCUGCCAGUGGUGGUACUGGCGAUGGAAAGAAAAUUGUUUCAGCAAAGAAAUGAUGAAAUAAGAUUUAAUUGUUUACUCAUUGAUUUGUUUUCUCUCUUUUUCUUUUCCAAGUUAAUCAAUAUUUCAUCUUUACCAUUUUAAUCAUAAUCCUAAAUCUAAAACAUAAACCCAAUUAUGAAAGUAAAGGUCUUUCAACUCGAGGAAAAUGAUACAACAGAUAUUUAAAUGAAUUCAAUCAAAAUCAACAAAAUUUAGAUACAAUUUAUUGUUGUAUUUUUAAAUUAAAUUGUUUGCAAUGUUGAUUUUUUGUUGCCAAAAUGUUUACAGAGUUUGAACCUGAUUUUUUCUCAUAUAAUUAAUAUAACAAUUCCCUUCCCACCUUGAUGUAAAUUUUUGUCUUUGAGCUUUGAGAUUUGUUUCCUAAUUCAUAAUCUACAAAAAUAAAUCAAAUGAAUCUAAUUACAAUUAACCGAAAA